AUGGACAAGGACGGGUCCCAGUCGAAGCUUCUGCAAGAUGACGACUCUAUCCUGCCGGCAGGGUUUGUGGACAAGGGCGCCGACGAUUCGACGGGGGACUUAGCUGCCACGUUUAAACAACCGCCUCCUGAGCGGCCGGAAACAGUGCGGACACGGUUAUGGGUGCUGCUUUCAGCUUGGAUGAUUGCUAUAUUCCUGGGGCUACCGUUAUGGCAUGCGACGACGACGAUAUACCGUGCUCCAUUGCCGAUGCAGGAGAUGCAGAAUUGGUCUGAAGGAAAGUUGUGCAAGACGGAAUUCCCUCUUCUCGUGGAAGUUGAAGCUCCGUCUCUUCCAGAUGCCGAAAACUUAUUGAAGACCGUUCAACAUGCCUUGGACGACGCGAAUGACUUCGCAGCCCACAAGCCCCACCAUUUACGAUUAAGACUGGCCGCAAAGAAAGCAGAAUCAGAGGAGGAUUCCAAGUCUGAUAGAGACGAGAAUGUGGCUUGUCUAUUACGCCUAAUACCUGACAGUCAGAAUGGGUACAACCAUAUUGUUCAAAGCUCGUCCAGAAUCGUCGAUAUCCACUAUCCGCCUCCUUCUUCGUCCUCUCAAUCUAGUGUCUCUGCUGGAUUGUCCAAAUUUGUCGCAGAAACUCUCGAAGUUCUUUUCCGACAGGAACAGGAAUUGAUUGAACAUCUGUUGCUUCCGCAGACCAGCAAUCCCGGCUCGCUCAAUGCCAUUUCUUCGCAAAGUGCUGAUGAAGGCCGGGACAAGAAGACACCCCCAAAGCCCCGUGCUGCGACUGCAGACAUAACCCGUCGCAUGUCAAGAGUCGUAAAAUACUCGUCAAGUUAUCAUAUAACCUUCUCCCUGUUCACCGCCACUUCUCUGCCUGCCUCGUGGGACAUCGAAUCCGCAAUCUCUCAAUACCUAACUCCCCUUCUUUCAGCCCUCUCUCCAAUCUCAAACUUUACGAUCUCCACCCAGGUUCAAUACUACGCCUCCAUGUCCUCGGGUAUAACUCCAAGCUAUGAUGGCCAAUCCCAAUCCUGGACGCUUAAAAAGGAAGAUCUCUCCAGCUUCAUCAACUCUGCCGAAUGGCCGCUCGCCUCCAUCUCUAACGACCCAAACCUCAACUUUAUUCUCUACAUCCCCCAUCCCUCGGUCUCACCUCUAACAAUCCCUUCAGCAUCCCAUUCAAACUCCUUCCUCCUUCCACAAUGGGGCGGCGUUACAAUCCUAAACCUCGGCCACUCGGCAUCCGGCCUCGAACAUCUCUCCAACCCAACCUUGAAACCCGUUCUUGAAACCUUUGCAACCCACCUUCUUGCACUAUUAGGUGCACCACCACAUCCCGCAUCCCUCCCAAUAAGACUAGAUUCCUUAAUCCGUCAGCGUUCAGCUGAAGUCCUAGUCUCAGCUUCAUCCACCCUAGGCUCUCUACAACGUCUCGUCAACGCUCUUCCUUCUAUCUCAAUCCCCACAACAGUAAGCGACAGCGUUCAAGAUAGUAUUCGCCACCUAUCCCUUGCGUGUGAAGAACUCCGAAAGGGUAGUUUUGUAAAAGCAUUAGAAAUGGGGAGGGUAGCACAGGAAGAAGCCGAAAAGGCUUUCUUUGAAAGAACCAUGGUUGCACAAGUGUACUUCCCCGAUGAACAUAAGCUAGCAGUUUAUCUACCGCUUUUGGGACCGGUAAGCGUACCGCUGGUCUUGGGGGUUUUCAGAGAGGUCAAGAGGGUUAUAGCGGAGAAGAAGAGGUUGAGGAGUAGUGCGUGA